CACCUGUGUAACAGCGCAUACUCAGUUCCGCCCCUCCGGUGCACCUGCUUCCAUGAUGUCCGAGGAGCUGAACGAUUUAACCGCUCCGAAGGGCGGCGCGGAGACUUCCUCGGGGGUUAAAAGCGACAAAAUGAGCACCGCGGAGCAGCCAAUCUUCGCCGCACUGGCGGGGGUCACCACCGCAGAGAAGCCCGGCGGCGGCGGCGGUGGUGGUGGCGGGGGGAAGGCACCCGCCGUGACCGGCGUCGCGUCCACCACCUCCGACACCGAGUCCGGAAUCUUCUCCGGGGAGAGCGAGACGUGCGCGGAGCACGAGUCCGAGCUGGACUGGUUCUGCGGGACCGAGUUGAAGCUGAUUUGCUCCCACUGCGCCAUUGUAGGCCCCUGCCACGGGCACACCGUGACCCCCCUGGCCGGAAGAGUCACCGCAGUCCGGAAUCAACUAGUGGACGCGUGUGAGAAAAUACAGCUGCAGGCGCUGAGGAUGGAGCGCUUCAUCAAGCACACGCUCACAGUUAAGGAGCAAAAGCUUCAGGCGGCGGCGAGCACGGCUCGGGAGCGGGUGGUGGCCCGGGUCAGUGCCGCCCGUGAGGCCCUGGAGGAGGAGGAGCAGCGCCUCCUGGAGGAGGUCCAGCGGGAGGAGGAGCGCGUGGAGCAGUGCCUCCUUACCCAAAGGGCUCACUGGGACCAGGCCAUGACCACCUUGACACGAACGCGCUCCCACCUGGUGCACACCCUAACCCAUUAUCCGGAUGCACAGCUGGUGGUGAGGACAAGCAUUCAAGAGAUUGCUGAAAGAGUGGAGGAGGCCGAAGGCGUGGGCGAGCCGUGCGAUACGGAACAGCUCAACAUGAAGCCGGGGUGCAGUGACAGCCAGCUGCUGAAGGGAAUGUGGGCCUCCGCCAUGAUGCACAGACCAAACGCUUACAGUUUGUCCUCUUUAAAGUUUGACGAACGCACCACAAAUCCCCUCCUGUCGCUCUCCGAGGACCGCCGUACGGUGACCUUCCUCCACAAGAAGCCCCGCCAGCCGCCGCCGUACGACCCGGCGCGUUUCGACUGCUGGCCCAACGCGCUGGGCUCCGUCUCCGUGUCCUCUGGCACCCACAGGUGGGCGGUGGACGUGGGCCAGAGCGGCGCCUUCAAGGUGGGCGUCUGCUACGCCGGCCUGCAGCGGAAAGGCUCCGGGGACGAGGCCCGGCUGGGACACAACGACCAGUCGUGGGUGCUGUCCCACUACGACGCCGACUACUCUUUCUGGCACGGGGGUAAGAAGGUGCCCCUGCGGGUGGCGAUGAGACCCCAGAGGGUGGGCGUCCUUCUGGACUGGCCUAGUCAGACUCUGCUCUUUUAUGAGCCUGAGUCCGCCGCCGUCUUGCACUGUGUAACGCAUCGUUUUUGCGCCCCCUUGCUGCCGGCGUUCGCUGUGUCUGACCAAAGUAUAACAAUAUUACACUGACAUUCCAUAAGCACUCUUUAGCACAACAUAUGGAAACGA